GAUCUCGGUACACAAAAUAAGGGCGCGUCGCCACUGAUCUGUAUCGUCGAAAGCUAUUUUGCAUCGUGCGAUAGCAUUAGUAUUGCCCGGUUGUUUUAUAUUUCGUUCGCAUAUUACUGUCUAUUGAAUGGUUGCAAAAGUUAAUCUCCCCAAAAGACACAGCAGAACGUUCGAAGAGGAAACUUUCUUCAGUUGCUUCGGUCUUAGAUUUGAAGGUCCGCGGCUCUUACAUCACAACCAUGUUCAGGCAAAAGUUUCUUGGUUUCACGGGAGUGGUAAUGAUCGCCUAUGGGAUCAUUCUCGCACUCCAAGGGAACGGGGCAGCGUUAAGGUUCGGUCAUGCCGCCGCCGCAGUCCCGCUCUGGUGCGGUCUCCUGUACGUCAUGAUCGGGUGUGCAAACUUGACACAAGUUUUUGAGAAGAAAAAGAGAAACCGCGAUGACAUCAUGCCGUUUUCAUUCACAGUCAUCCUCUGUAACUUCUUGGGCCUGAUCGUCGCCGCCAUCUGCAUCGGGUUCGUUACAUGGGGAGCGUGGUCAUCGAUCACGGCGACCGGCGCGUUGACCGUACUCCAGCAGGAGAACGUCGAGCUCUACACCGCCAUCAUCCUGGCCAAUAUUUUCAUCCUCUUUCUUGCUCUCAUCGCCAUGUUUGUCGACUGCUGCGCAGGUUCUAUUUUCGGCCCAAGUGCGCCCUCUGAGAGACCACAACAGAUGAUGUAUUACGAUUACCCUCCAAGGCAAAUACCAGCUAUCUACAAAGCUUAAUAUGGUUUUUCUUCCACGAAAUGAACUCCGCUCCUCAAUUACACUGGCCCAGAGAUACAGCAGAAAAGGAACCACAGCAUAAAAUAUUCUUGGUAAUCUAGUUAUCCUGGCAGACAUAUAUCGCAAAUGAAUUUUAAUCUGUAAUGACGAAGAACAUCAACACAAGUCAUGUAUAUAAACCAGGAAGGAGAACUUUUUUCUUAUCCUGCAAGCUGCAAAAAAUCAUGAAAAACGAAUCAUGCAACGGAAGGAAUGGGGGGGGGGGGGGACAAAAAUAAUUAUGAAAUUGAAUGUUGAUCAUUAAUGAAAGGUACAUAAUUGCCAAGAAUAAGGAAGAAAUAAUGAAGUCCGGUAUUCCAUAAAAGUGUGGUUUGAAAUUCUAGUUUAGACUGGGGUUAAACCGAAGUUUAAUUAGCAGAAUACUACCCAUACAUUGUGUUUUAAGUUAUCACGUGAGUUUUUUCUCAAAUUCUGCUAUAAUUGGGGGUAAGAUGUUCAUCAUUAUAACAUUGCCAAGUAUGCUAUUCCCUUUUAUGUAAUUCUGUAUAUAUUUUUUUAGUUCGUAAGGUAACUCUGGAAAACACCCCCCCCCCCCACUCUCUCUCUCUCUCUCUUUCCCUUCCUCCCUCGCCCUCUCUUCCGAAUCUAAAUGUCUCUCUAUGUACCCAGCCUUUUUGUACAAAUUUUAUUCUUCCCUGUCCUGUCUGCAUUCCUAACAUUACAUUUUUGAGGGAUCCAUCCAUAUAAACUUCACAAGAAAGUAAUCUCAAAUAUGAUUGACUUUUACAACUGCUGGAUUAAUAAUUUAAUCUAAAUUUUGGACUGGUUCUCCAUAGUCUCAGUAGUCAAAUACGCUUCUUUACUUUUAGACUGUGGGACGGUCGUUAAAAUUGUUAUUUGUGGUACUCACUUUUUGUUCUUUGACCUGUUUCCCUCUGCCCCUCCUCUCCCCUCACCCCGUUCCUCAUAUUUACCCCUACCCCCCCCCCAUCUCUCUGGCUCUCUCUUUCUAGCUAUGCAGCUGUAACACACACAGGCAAUCUCACGUCAAACUUUCCAUCUUUUUACUUUUCAUUUUCAUAAAGCUGCCAACCUCAUGUACAUCAUGUCUUCCUUCCGCUAUCUUUGUAUCUUGAUUUCCAGCAUUAUGCACAUCUAUAUUUACAUAUUUUAUAUAUUGAAUUACCAAUACCUCUUU